AUGGAUACCAAGUGCACACCUGGGAUCGACAGGGAUGUCUUCCAGACGGCGCGCACAGCCCGCCAGUCUGCCCUUUCCGGUCUCCUCGCUGGGCGGCUGCCUUGGCGGGAGUUGGCCGCUGGUGUGAGGUCAGGUUCCUGUGGAGAGAGAGAGGCAGAGGUGGCUGGUUUCCAGAUCUUACAGGCCCCCAUAUCCACUAUGUUGGGAACCAGACUUCAGACCCAGCAAAGGAGCAGCAGCCAGAGUGGCCGGGAGACCAGGCUGUGGUCCUCAAGCUUUGGGAUGAAGCUGGAGGCUGUCACCCCAUUCCUGGGGAAAUAUCGCCCCUUUGUGGGUCGCUGCUGCCAGGGUUGCACCCCCAAAAGCUGGGAGUCCCUCUUCCACAGAAGCAUAAUGGAUCUAGGCUUCUGCAAUGUGAUCCUGGUGAAGGAGGAGAACACCAGGUUUCGGGGCUGGCUAGUACGAAGGCUCUGCUAUUUCUUGUGGUCACUGGAACAGCAAAUACCCUCCUGCCAGGAUACCCCGCAGAAGAUCAUGGAAAACACUGGGGUGCAGAAUGCCAUCUCAGGGAGGGCCCCAGGAGGGGCUGGGGAAGGCCAGGUGCCUGGCCUCAUGAAAAAAGAAGUUCAGCGCAUCCUGGACCAUAUCCGGGCUCCACCCCGCCCCUUCCUGCUCAGGCUGUUCAGCUGGGCACUGCUGCGCUUCCUGAACUGUGUUUUCCUGAACGUGCAGCUCCACAAGGGCCAGAUGAAGAUGGUCCGCAAGGCCGCCCAGUCAGGUUUGCCGCUCGUCCUCCUCUCUACCCACAAGUCACUGCUGGAUGGGCUCCUGCUGCCCUUUGUGCUGCUUUCCCAGGGCCUGGGUGUGCUCCGUGUGGCCUGGGAUCUCCGCACCUGUUCCCCCACCCUCAGAGCUCUGCUUAAGAAGCUUGGGGGACUUUUCCUGCCCCCAGAGGCCAACUCCCUGGACAGCUCUGAGGGGGUCCUUGCAAGGGCUGUGGUAUGUGCGGCUAUAGAGCAGCUGCUGGCCAGUGGACAGCCCCUGCUCAUCUUCCUGGAGGAGCCCCCUGGGGCCCAGGGGCCUCGGCUGUCAGCCUUGGGCCAGACCUGGCUGGGACUAGUGGUACAGGCAGUGCAGGUGGGCAUCGUCCCAGAUGCUAUGCUGGUCCCAGUGGCCACCACCUAUGACCUGGUUCCAGAUGCAUCCUGUGACACGCGCCAUGUCUCAGCCCCACUGGGGCUGUGGACCGGAGCUCUGGCUGUCUUGCAGAGCCUGCAAGGCUGGGGCUGCAGCCACAGGGUCUGCGUCCGGGUGCACUUGGCCCAGCCCUUCUCCCUGCAGGAGUACACCAUCAACUCCAGAAGCUGCUGGGGCAGCAGGCAGACCCUGGAGCAGCUGCUGCAGCCCAUCGUGCUGGGCCAAUGUACGGUCAUCCCAGACACUGAGAAGGAGCAGGAGUGGACCCCAGUAACUGGGCCCCUUCUGGCCCUCAAGGAAGAGGACCAGCUCCUGGUCAGGAGGCUGAGCCGCCAUGUCCUGAGUGCCAGCGUGGCGAGCUCCGCAGUGAUGAGCACGGCCAUUAUGGCAACGCUGCUGCUCUUCAAGCACCGAAAGGGUGUGUUCCUGUCGCAGCUCCUGGGGGACUUCUCCUGGCUGACGGAGGAGACGCUGCUGCGCGGCUUUGACGUGGGCUUCUCUGGGCUGCUGCGGUGCUUGGUACAGUAUACACUGAGUCUGCUGCAGGCACACGUGGCCCUGCUGCACGUCCACCAGGGGGACCUUCUGGUGGUCCCUCGGCCAGGCCCAGGUCUCACACACCUGGCACGCCUGAGCGCCGAGUUGCUGCCUGCCUUCCUGAGUGAGGCUGUGGGUGCCUGUGCUGUGCGGGGACUGCUGGUGGGCAGAGUGCCACCUGAGGGGCCCUGGGAGCUGCAGGGCAUUGAACUGCUGGGCCAGAACGAGCUGUACCACCAGAUCCUGCUGCUACUCCACUUGCUGCCUCAGGACUUGCUGUUGCCACAGCCCUGCCAGUCUUCCUACUGCUACUGUCAGGAGGUCCUGGACCGUCUCAUCCAGUGUGGGCUCCUGGUUGCUGAGGAGAACCCAGGCUCCCAGCCAGCCUGUGACACAGGGCGACGGCAUUUGACUGCAAAGCUGCUAUGGAAACCGAGUGGGGACUUCACUGAUAGUGACAGUGAUGACUUCGACGAGGCCGAGGGCCGGUACUUCAGGCUCAGUCAGCAGUCUCGCUGCCCUGACUUCUUCCUUUUCCUCUGCCGCCUGCUCAGCCCACUGCUGAAGGCCUUUGCGCAGGCUGCUACCUUCCUCCACCAGGGACGGCUGCCUGAUACGGAGUUGGGCUACGUGGAGCAGCUGUUCCAGUUCUUGCAGGCCACUGCCCAGGAGGACGGGUUCUUUGAGUGUGCCGACCGAAAUCUAGCCUUCAACGCUAUCUGGACCUUCAGAGACCUAGGGGUGCUGCAGCAGACGCCCAGCCCAGCAGGCCACAUGCUCCACCUGUCCCCUACAUUUGCCAUCCGGGAAAAUCAGAAGAAGCUGGAACAGUUCAUCCAGCAGUUCAUCUGUAGCUAGAACGUGGGGUGGAGCCCAUGCAGAGACCUCUCAGCCAAGUCCUGGAGCCAUAAGACCAGGAGGAGGAAGCAAACCCUUAGCUGGACUAUAAAAUCUUUGUCCCUUGUCAUCUCUGGCUUUCUCUAUCCUUUGGUGUAAUAAUGAAGGGAGUGGAAAAGUCUUUUCUCAAGUCCAGCAGAGAGAGAGAGAGAGAGAGAGUGAGUGUGUGUGUGUGUGUGUGUCUCUGUGUGUCUAUGUGUCUGUGCCUGCUCUCUCCUUCCCGUGGAAAUGCUGUAUUCACUCCCUGAAACAGACUCCAAAGAACAACAGACAGUGGCAGAAGCCGAGCUGCUGCUUUGGCCUGAGACGUUUAUUGAGAAGAGCUCCACCUCCUUUCCUGCUACCUGGAAGAGGAGGCUGGCACCUGGCCUCCUCCUGGGUUGGGCAAGAGUGGAUGCCCCUCCUCUUGUCUUUAGUCCAGGGCAUGUGGUAGGAGCCAUCACACCACCUUGUUGAUGAUGACACCUAGU